UUGUCUAUUGAUCUGGAGCGCAUGCGCGGGCGUUAAAAUAGCUUGGCGGCGCAGGGGGUGCGAGGGAGGGCGGCGGGGAGGAGGAGGGGCAGCUGCCGCUCGCUGCUUUGGCUGCUUUUCGUGGCCAGUGUUUCUGGCACCUCGGGUGGGUGAGGACCGUCCAGCGUUAUGUGUCUGCAUCUCAGCCAGUGGUCGUAUGACACGGCACCUGUGAAAGCAGAAGAGCAAAAUGAUGUGCGGAUGGCAGUGGUGUGCGCUUUUCUGAGCUCUUACGAGUGACUGAAUGCCGCUAAAUUUUAUAGUGAAAAGGUGUACCAAAUGGCUGAUUAGAACAGUUGUCAUUAAGCCAUACAUAAGAGUGAACUAGAAAUUUCAUUUUCCUUAGAAAAUUCGGAAGUGCUGAUAAAAGGAUCAGAUGAAUAUGUAAUGCUGUAAUUAAAGGGUGUCGAGCGUCUGAUUACGACUUUAAGAAGCACUCGGGGGACUCACUACGGAAGGGAACCAGGUGGCUCACCAACACCGUUGCCUUUGUAAGGCAGUGUGUGUCCGGGGCCGUGAUCGUCAAUCAUCACUGGAAGCUUUUAAGCAAAAGCUCAGGUGACCAAAAUGCAAAGCGUAAGGUGGUCACAUGUCAGGCUGAGAGCAGGGCUCGUCCUCCUCAUCACGUUUUCUGUUUGUGUGUCGCGCUUUUGUGAAGCGCUCUCCUUCGAUCCCAAGAGACUGGAGUCAUCGUCACAGCUCUGGGCGGGCUAUCACCCCAGUGUGAAGAUCCUCUCCACCAGCUUCGAAGACUCCACGCCACAGAACGUCUCGACGCUUGUGGGAGAGUCUGCGUUCCUUCCCUGCACCGUCUACCAUCUAGGCGACAGAUCUGUGACGUGGAUGAGGAAAAGAGAUUUACAUAUUCUGACCGCCGGCAUUUACACCUACUCGGCCGACGAACGGUUUGUGGUCCUCCACCCUGAAAAUUCCAAUGACUGGACGCUGCACAUCAGAUUUGUUACUCUGAGGGACGCUGGGGUGUACGAGUGUCAGGUAAACUCCGACCCGAAGAUCAGCCGUAGAGUCAUCCUCAACGUGAUAGAGAACCAGCUGGACGACCCGGGACCAUAUGGCGUUGCUGUGACCGACACCCGUUUCCCGGAUUAUAAGUUUGACUACGACGAAAGACAGCAAAGACCACAUAAGAAGAAGAAGAAAAAGAAGGUACCGGUGGUGAUGAUUGACGGCCUGGAGGAGCGACACAUACAAAGGGGCAGCAUCCUGUCCAUCACGUGUGUUGUCCGCCAUCCACCCAAAGAAGCCCCCGAGCACGUCUUGUGGUUUCAUGGCGCCACCAACAUCGAUUACGACUCUCCCAGGGGCGGUGUCUCAAUUCAGACGAAGAAGUCCUCGAGGAAGACAGUGAGCAAAUUGAUGUUGUCUGCGGUGGACCAAAGCGACACGGGAGCUUACAGCUGCAGCCCCACCGCCCUCCAGCCCGCAGAGGUCACAGUGCAUGUCCAAGACGCAGGAACCCCGUGGCCCACGUCUGCAUUCUCAGCAAGAGGGGAACCUCGAGCCCCCCGGCUGGUGUGUGGCCCACCAGCACGAUUCAAAGGUCAGAUCCAGCAGCCGGUGAAACAAGGCCUCGGGUACAACGAAGCUCCGCGCGUCGCUGCCUCCAGCACCUCCCUUGUGCUCCUGGCGAUUGUGACGCAACUCUGCAACAGCAACUGGAACUUGUUCGGCUGAGCGCCAGUUUUAUGCCGCCAUCAACGACACAAUGACUCGCAAGAUAGAUCCACUGGAAUCCUCAUUAUAAAUUAAGUUCCAAUGUCACGUGCCGGUGGAGCGUGAUAGGGUAUUGAUGUUUUAUAUUCUGUGACUGAACUGUUUUAUACUUAUCUCGCUAUGUCACUGAAACUGCAUAUAUAAUAUUAAAAUAAAUAUAUUUUUACAGUGAAACACUAAGGGCAAGAGAUCACAAUUACACAUUAGACCUGUAAUAAUGAUACUGAGGAAAAAAAAAUAUGAAUAAGUCAACAUAACUUCUUAGCCAGUUUACUUCUAAAUGGAAAGCGAUUUUUCAUUAUGAAAAAACUUAUACAGUAAGAAGGUGAACAAGAAGGGGAAAGCAAACUGUUAACCCACAUGCAGGAAAAUAGCAGGCUACAAAUAGUGGUAACACGAAUUGUUUCGUUCGCAAACUCCCGGGUUGUUAGUCCAUGGUCGUUGGCUGUACAGUAGGACUCGAUGAUAUACAACCUUGGCAGUUUUGUGGACUUGCACAUUCUAAAAUCCCUCUCGUGAUACAUCUUGAUGUACCGUACUUAUAAUCUAUGUACCGUACUUAUAAUCUACAAAACAUUGAUCCUAAGUGUUUGUGCUAGGAGUGUUCAUGCCAUCAUGUGAUACACAUUCUACAAAACAGCUGUUAAAAAUAAAUACUAGCAACUAAG